CUGUAUAUCCGAACUUUGAACUUUAAAAGAAAAAACACUUGCUUUGCAGUUUAGCCUGAAAACACGAAAAUGAACAACGGAGUGUACAGUUUCCGGACGUGUCUCCGCCUCCCGGAGCAGUCAAUAUUUCGAUCAACUCCUCUCUCAUUCCGAUUCCGGCGCCGUUUUCUCGUCACCGCAUCAUUAACCGAGAAGAAGAAAGAGAAGGUGAUCGUUAUUUCUGGACCUACCGGUUCCGGCAAGAGCCGCCUCGCAAUGGAACUCGCAAAGCACCUCAACGGAGAAAUAGUUAGUGCUGAUUCUGUUCAGGUGUAUCGGGGUCUUGAUGUUGGAUCUGCCAAGCCUUCGUUAAAUGAUAGAAAGGAAGUGCCGCAUCAUCUGGUUGACAUACUUCACCCAACUGAAGAUUAUUCUGUUGGACAGUUUUUUGAGGAUGCAAGGCAAGCGACUAGAUCUAUUCUUGACAACGGCCGUGUUCCCAUAAUUGUUGGGGGCACUGGACUGUAUUUAAGAUGGUUCAUAUAUGGAAAACCAGAUGUGCCUAAAGCCUCUCCAGAGAUAACAUCUCAAGUAUGUAUAGAGUUAGCUGAACUGCAGAGAAAUGAUGACUGGGAUGCUGCUGUGCAGUUGGUGGUAAAAGCAGGUGAUCCAAAGGUCCAACAUUUAGCAGUGAAUGAUUGGUACCGAUUACGGCGUAGUUUUGAGAUUAUUAAGUCUAGUGGAUCACCUCCUUCUGCUUUUCGGGUACCAUAUGAUUCUUUCAGGGAACAGGGUGAUUGUAGAGUUGCUGAUGGUUCUGAUUCAUCUGAUAUGACCACUUAUUCUGAUGCAACGAAAGCAACCAAUUCGGCAGAGUUAGACUACGAGUUCUUGUGUUUUUUCCUUUCUAGCGACAGACUUGACCUCUAUAAAUCAAUUGACUAUCGGUGUGAAGAUAUGCUAUUAGGAGGUGAUGGCAUUUUGUCCGAGGCUCAAUGGCUUCUUGAUACCGGUCUUCAUCCAAACUCCAACUCUGCAACAAAAGCAAUUGGAUACAGACAAGCCAUGGAGUACUUACUAGGAUGCAGACAACAAGGGGGUCAGAGUUCAGCUGGAGAAUUUUACAGAUUCUUGUCUGAAUUUCAAAAAGCAUCACGGAAUUUCGCGAAACGACAGCUGACUUGGUUUCGCAAUGAACGUAUAUACCAUUGGAUUGAUGCUUCUAAACCUCUGGAAACCGUUGUCAACUUCAUUCAUGAUUUAUACCGUGAUGGGAGUGGAAGUCUUUCUGUGCCUGCAUACCUUAGAAUGUCGAGAGAUAUUACUAAUCCUCGAAUAGCUGCUAAACUGAAGUCUUACCGCACCAAAAAUAGGCAUUUUGUGACGGGGGAGGAUUGUUUACCUAUUUUGGAAUGGAUAAAGAAAACUCAGAAGUGAAGGGAUGGAGAUUUUCAUUUUACAUUCCUUUGAACUGGCCGGAUAUUGGGAUUAUAGAGGAGCAUAAUUAAGUUAGCAGGUUACACAGUUUUGUUUUUGUUUCUUUGCUUGUUAACAUCCUGUUGUAAACUUUUAUGUAGAAUAGCAUUGAUUGAUUGAUAGAAGUAGAACACUGUAAUGGCAACUAAAUUUGUAAGUUAAUUUCUUUCUCUCCUUUAACGCAAAUCAGGAUCCUUGAUGUCUUCAUUAUAUUCAAUGAAAUUCUAAAGCAUUUGUUGGACUCGUA